AUGUUGAAUCAUAACCCAAAAAGAUUUGACCCAAGCACUACACCAUGUGCAAUGCCCUUUAUUAAGGACGGUGAAAUCGUAAGAGUUCCGAAUUCAACGGUUUAUACAGCUGUUCAAAACAGUUUACAAAACAUUUUAGCGAAUAUCUUUAAUUCAGAAACUACAGAAAUAAAAUUACCGUAUAUAACAGAUGCUAAAGAAAUUAAAUCAAAAACGACAACAUUAUUUACGUCACUUAAUGAUUUAAUGACUUAUAUCAUUAAUAUUCCUGCACCAACUACAGCAUUUGAUCCAAACUCGACGGUUUGCAGUGUACCUUUCAUAAAUGACAGUUCAUUAAUUACUUUAAGGGAUUCGACAGUAAAUGAAUCAUUAAAGGCGUCAUUAAUGAAAAUCAUUGAUUUUAAUUCAUUCACGAAUACAUAUAAUUCAUUCAUUAAUGUUUCAUAUGCUUCUAAAGAAGGUGAGCCAAAAACUAUUGAUAAAGCGGUGUAUGAAAUAAAAGCAUCAACGACGAAAUUGAAUUCGUUAACUUUUGAUGGUGAUAGUUUCGUUAAUGACAUAACGUCGGGGAAAACAAUUUUAACGAAAGAAUACUUAAAAUCUCAUGUUAGUGAGUUCGUUGAAAUUGAAAAAGAAGGUGGAAUUAAGUUCGAUCCACUGAAUUUCAUUUUCAGCUUAGCGAAUGCGGGUGUUAGUUUCGCUGAAUGGACAACUAUACAGAGUGAAAUAAAUGCAAUAUGGACGUUUUUGGGGUCAAAAGCGGGAAUGGGUGAGCUUGUAAAUGCUGCAAGAACAUUAGGUGAAACAGGAAAUUUUGUAGAUGGUUUUAAAAGACUUGUUUCAAAUGUUUUAACAAACACAAAGAAAUUAUUUAGAUAUACCGUACAUAACGGACGGAUUUUCGAACAGAUAGCAACAAACCCUCCGGUUAUGGCUGCGUUGAUGAUGGUUAGAGAUAUAAAACCACGUAACGACGGGAACGAAGAACAUGAACAACAGGAUACUGGUCGGGUUAUUCGAGACAUUAAAAACGUGUAUCCUGAAGUUAUUGAUUUAUUUAGAGGA